AGCAAUGUGGAAAUGGGGACGAAAGGGAAAAAAGACAAUUGAAUAAAAUUGGGUUUAUCUUUUAUACUAAUAUAUUUUGUUUAAAGUAAUGAAUGAAGGCUUAUAUUUUUGCUGCUUACGAUAAAUUAGUUUGCUGCAGGUAUUGGAUUUUACGUGUUUGCUGACGAUGUGAUUCUGUUUUUAAAACGACUCACUUGCUUUUUGGUGCAAUGUUUGUUUAGCUAGCCAUGAUGAUGCUAGCUGUAGCCCAUUAACGUAAGCUCGCUGCUUUCAUUGAACAAUAUCAGAUUACUUGUUCGCUCUUCCACAAACAUAAAUGUGGACGUAUGUGUUUGUUGGGCUUUUGUUAUUAUUUAGGAGAAAAAAUAUUCUUAUUAGUUACGUUGGUAAUCUUUUAGCCAGAAGCGUUACUGUCCAAGUUUAUUUACACAGCUAGUUAGCCCAAAGGUGCAUCGAUGUUAGUGUUGAAACUAUUAGGUUAUAGAUCAUUAAUUUACUUUAAUUACAGUUUAACAAGUAGGCUAAUGUCAUAUUGUGUAUCUAAUAUAGUUUAACCUCGGAUAUCUUUACAAAGCUAUAUUCUUAAAUUGUCAAUAAAGUUAAAGUCCUCAAGCUGUAGGGGUUUUUCAGAAUUCAGUUAUGAAGUAUGGCGAUGUUGAUGCAAGAGUCAUUUUCUGAGUUACGAUCCAAAACAUUUGCUAAAUUUAUUUUAUUUUUAUUUUUUUUUUUUAUGUUGUGGCCAUCUGUUUAAAGCUGCGUCUAUUGAUUUGACAUGAAGACAUGAGCUGGUGAAAAAAAGUAACUGAUCAAACUCAACAGUCAAAUUCAAUUUACCUGCUCAUGCUAAACUCAAGUCAUCCUCCUAAUUGUCUGGAACUGCUCUCAAGAUCCUUUGUGCUAUUGCGUUCCAGGACAUGCCUUGGAUCUUAUUGUAAACAACUGGCAUCCGUCUGUUUGGACUAGAAAGGCUUCUAAUGCAUUUCCACUCUGCACAAUCAGAAACUUUGUGUCCUCUGAACUUAAUUCAAUUAUUUUCUUGUAAUGGCAGUACAAGACCCUGGCAGGACAACAGGUUUUCCUUGCAAACAAUGUGGCAAAGUAUGCUCCAACAUGCCCAGUCUGCUCGAGCACAUGGACGUACAUUAUCAACAAGAGGACGAACGUAAAUUUACAUGUGAUAAAUGUGGACGCGGUUAUAGACAUGCUGGGAGUCUGACAAACCACAAAAAGACUCAUGAAGUGGGUUCUUUUCAGUGCACUAUAUGUGGGAAAGAAAAUUCUAAUGCUUCAGCUCUGAAGAGUCAUCUCCGGAACCACACUUCCUUAAAGAAGUACUCCUGUGCUGAGUGUGGAAAAGCUUUUCGUUUGGCAACUCAGCUGGCUACACAUGAGAGAGUUCAUCUUGCCCGAAGAGCUAAAGAAGAAUCAUAUAGAAGGAUAGACAUGGACUUUUCCACACAUGAAACCGAAAAUUAUCAACCACUUAGUGAGCAGUCUGUCAGUGUUGGGAUGCCAGCUGAAAAUGGCUCUUCUGAGUACAAAACAGAGGAUAUUUAUAAUUCACAAUCCGAAUCCUGUGAUGACACAGCAAACAGACCAUUCAGGUGUGAUAUGUGUGACAAAUCUUACAUACACCAUCGAAGCCUGACCAAUCAUAAAAAGACUCACCAAGUGGGAAUGUUUGAGUGUACUGUAUGUUUCAAACUAUUUAAUAACAUGGCUGCCCUCUACAGCCAUCAGAGAAUUCACAAGGUGAGAAGCAGGACAGACCAUAGUUUGAAUGGCAGGUCUCAGGUGGACAUGACACUGGAUCAGUUUUCAUCUCAGAGCCACGAUGCUCCAGUAAAUUUUUGUCAUUUGUGUCAGAUACCUUUCCCUAAUGAUGAGGAGUUCCAGGAACACAUUCAGAUGCACAACUCUUCUUCUCUGUCUUUUGGGCUUCAAGAUAAUUUGUCAGAGAACCAAAAUGUGUCAUAUGAUAACAGUAUUGCUUCAACUGAGUCAAAUUUUUAUUCACCUCCUAUGAACAAUUUUCCGUCAGUGUCAUCAACAGAUAACCCUGGAAGUUUUGAUCUGCCAGAGGAUAAGAUAAAAAAUAAUGGUCACGUGUUUUUAGAUUGCUCUCUUGAUCAAAAACCAUUUUCCUAUUGUGCUCAGGGAGAACCCCCAGUCAUGGACACGAGCAUUAACAGUCCCCCACUCAUGCCCAUGCAAAACAUUGACAAUGCAACUAAAACUGAAGAAACUUCCACUGUAGAGUCUGAUGAGCGCCCGUUCAAGUGUCAAACCUGUGGUAAAAGCUACCGGCACUCUGGGAGCCUCAUCAACCACAAAAGGUCACAUCAGGUGGGGAUUUACCAGUGCUCCAUUUGCAGGAAGAAUUAUCCACACCUGGCUGCUCUCAAAAGUCACCUUCGUCUACACAAAGCUCAGCAGUCAUCUUUCAGUCUCAGUUCGGAUGGAGACUGGCUCUCGGAUGAGCCUCUGACACUGGAUAACCAGCAGGGAUGUUUCUCCUCCCAAAAUGAGCAUGAAGACAGAGCUCCCUCUGUGCUUGGAAUUGAUCAGGAGAACGCAUUGUACCAGAAGCAGAUUAGUCAGGACUUCUCCCAGGAUGUGACUGCACAUCUACCUCACAAUGAACACAUGAUGCAAAGGCACAUGUGUGCAGACUGUGGUGAGACAUUUGCAGAUAUUGCAGGGAUCAAGUCUCACAGUUGCCCAUUGCUGCCUCAGAAUGAGACUUCGAGUGGCCAGUAUGCCGAUAAUUUAAACUUCCAGACCAGUAAUGGUCAUUGUUCUUUUGGAGAUUCAGAAAGUAAUGAGUUCAGUGACCUGAAUGGUAGCCACAACCAAAGUUGUUUUGAACAGAAUUUCCAUGAAAAUGUGAACAGUGCUCAGCUGAAUGCUGGCAGUGAAGAGGAUGAUGUUGAUGAGGAAGAUGAUGAUGGAGAUCUUUAUCAGUGCUCUAUAUGUGGCAACAGCUACACCAGCAUGAGGGCUCUCAGGAGCCAUCUUCGAGGGCACACACAAUCAGAGGGCACUCCUGCAAGCUCAGGGCCUUCUUCCAUGUCCUCCCAUGAAGAAGUGAAGGAUGAUGAGCUGGGAGAGAUGAUUAUCUGUAGUACAUGUGGGGAAAGUUUUGCUAAUAGGCAGGAUUUGAUCAAGCAUAAUUUUCUUCACAACAAGGACCAGGUAGAUGACAUAAACCAUUUGCCUAUGAACAGUGACAUAAAGGAAAGCAAAGAGGAAGAGCAUAUCAUCUGUGGAAUCUGUGGUAUCUUCUGUACUAGUUAUGAUCAUCUUGACAACCAUGGCUGCACAGUUGAGAAGAAAGAUGAGUCAGUCCACUGUAAAGAGGAAGUAAAAGUCAAUGAUGUCCAGCAAGAAGAGACGAAUGUAGUCAAAGAGACUGUUGUUGAUGAGGAUCGUCAAUACAAGUGUGAUCAAUGUGGGCGCUCAUACAGGCAUGCCGGUUCCCUACUUAACCAUAAAAAGUCCCACAAAACCGGUGUGUUCAGAUGUCUCAUCUGCCAGAAGCGCUUCUACAACCUGUUGGCCCUUAAAAACCAUCAACGAUCCCACUUUGAUAUUAAAAGGUAUACUUGCCAUGAGUGUGGGAAAGCUUUCAAGAUUCAGAAGCAGCUCUUGAUCCACCUUAGAAGGCACAAACAGAACCAAGCAAAAAUCCAGGAACUCAACAAUCAGAUCCAGACAUUAAUGCAAAUUAAUGAGACCAAAUCAGGUGGAGAAACACCAUCCUUAACUUCAAAUGCCAGUCAAGCUUUUACCUCUGUUCGGUGCUGCAAGCAGCUGCCAGAAGAAAAGGCAGGACAAGCAAAGCUGCAAACCUCAGUUAAAUUGGAGGACACGAGUGACCAGCGCCCCUUUGCUUGUGACCAGUGUGGGCGUACUUAUCGUCAUGCAGGAAGUUUGGUCAACCACAGAAACUCACAUAAAACAGGUGAAUAUUACUGUUCCAUUUGUAACAACACUUACUCUAAUCAGCUAGCCAUGAAGAAUCACUUGCGGACCCACUUUGCAUAUAAAAAGCACUCAUGCCAAAACUGUGGCAAAGGCUUUAGGGGGAAAAAACAGCUUUUGGCUCAUGUGUGUGCAGACCUAAGAAAGAAUGGAGCUGGAGUUAAAAGGGGCCUGAAGUCCAGAGCCUUUAAAUGCAAGGAAUGUAAGCAAGCCUUUGUCUCUGUUGACCAGCUGGCAGAACACACCUGUGAAGGACCCUCAGACAGGGAUUCACAAUCAAAUACAUCCCCAAAUAAAGAGGAACGGCCAUUCAGAUGCAACAUAUGUAAUCGCAGUUACCGCCAUGCCGGAUCGCUGUUGAAUCACAAAAAUACCCACAAGACAGGACACUUCAGUUGCACGUUCUGUUCUAAGCCCUUCACUAACCCCAUGGCUUUACGCAAUCACACUCGCAUCCACACACAGAAGAAAAAGUAUGUGUGUUUCACAUGCGGAAAAGCCUUUCGCCUUGCCAGCAUCCUACACAACCACCAGAGGGUCCAUAAUCGGGUGAUGAGUCACUUCAGCUGUCCUUCGUGUGGAAAGAGUUUCCAGGGCAGGUCUGGCCUGAAGAGGCACCGCUGUCGCAGAGGUCAGGAGAACAGCACACAGUCUGGAGUCCAGCGUUCAGAGAGGGGAGACAAAUGCUUCAAGUGUGACCUGUGUGGGCGUUCCUACCGUCACGCUGGCUCCCUCCUGAACCACAAGAAAUCCCAUUCUGAAAGCCUGCAUCACUGUACCUUGUGCCUCCAGACAUUCCCUGACCCUCUCACUCUGCAGAUACACUCCCAAAUGAGGCGUCACUGCUGCCCUGAAUGCGGCAAGACCUUCUGUCUGGUCUCACACCUGCAGAGCCACAUAGAGGUGCACUCAAAGGACCGAACUGUGAUCUGCAGCCUCUGCCAGCAGAGCUUUCCCGACGCAGCUAGCUACCAAGAGCAUCAUAAUGUUCACCACAUGGCUCAGGGCCCCUAUCAACAAGGUGUGGAUGAAUCUGCAGAGAGCAACCUCUGCUGGGACUCAGGAAUAAAUCAGUCCAUGGAAGUGGGUGAGAUGCCCAACCAAGUCCCACCACCUUUAUCCCAUAUUCCAGAAAGCAUAACUAAUUCCCAGAGAAGUAACAACACUUUCUUCGCUGAGGAGAAGAGCCACGUCUGUGAGCAUUGUGGCCGCACCUAUCGCCAUGCUGGCUCCCUCCUCAAUCACAAGAACAGCCACAAGACAGGCUCCUUCUUCUGCACAGUCUGCCAGAAAGAGUUCACCAACCUGAUGGCUCUCAAGAACCACCGACGCAUUCACACAGAGCCAAAGCGCUACCAGUGCCAGGAGUGUGGGAAGGCUUUCCGUGUGUCCACUCAACUCAUAUGUCACCGAAGGAUACACACCAAAGAGAAGCCUUUUGCCUGCUUGCUAUGCGACAAGAGCUUCUCCAGCAAGUCCAACCUACGACACCAUCAGAAGAUGCACCAGAACACCACCCAUACCUACGACUCUUCUUUUGGCAUGGAUGCUAACACAUUCAUGGACCUGGACAUGGGGUCCUUCCUAUAAAGAAGUGUUCCAGAUUAUAAGAAGAACAGGACAUGUUAUUGUUUUCCGCAAUCAGUAAUUGUAACACAAUAUUUUAUUUUUUGUUCUUAAAGUGUUCCUUGGUCACACACAGAAGCUCUUUUAAAGAAAUGCACAUUUCAGUACUGACUUCCACUCUUACCUCUGAAAGAGAUGGCAACAUCACUGUAACAUCUCUAAAGGGUUUAUCAGUCUGCUUUUAAUAAAGCCCGAAUGUUUUCUGUAAAUACGUAGGCUCCCCUAAACCAGGGGAGGUGAUGGAAACUUUAGUCUUUGCUCAUCCCUCUAUAAAAACAAACCAACCAAAGUGAACAGAAAACCACAGCCCAGGUCCAUGUAAGAGCAUCAGCAAAGAUGACUGACUUUUUUGUAAAACAGUACUGUUUGAACUAACUCUUGUUAUGUAUAAUUGUGUUCAGUGCCUCUGUAAGUUCUUAGGAAACUAAAAACACAAACUAUAUUUAUCUCUGAAUAUUUUUUUUUCAGCUUUGCCGUCAGUGUUGAAGGACUCUUCACCUUGCUUUGAGAAUUCACAUACAGUAGGGCAAGCCUGUUUUUUUUUUUGUUUUGUUUUGUUUUGGUUUUUGGUUUUUUUUUUAAGUCAAAUACCUCUGGGUAUGUCCCAAAGUCAGUGGCAAAGUGAAUUACUCAAAUAAUAGUUGUACUGUUAAUAUACAAAAUCCUUCUGAGUGACACUGUAUGCUAAAUGGAUGUAUUGGUUGAUUUUAAACCUGCUAUUUUAUUUGUAUAUUUUAUUAGAAGAACAAUUUAUGAAUGUUGUAAAAACUGUUCUAUUAAUCUCAUGUAGUCUUGGAAGGACCGUCUCAUAAGUCAGUUUAUAUCUUAUAGUUCUAAGUUAGAACAGGCAGGAAUGAUUGAGCCAAGGAUGGUGUGUUGUUGGCCGCACUCAGGGUAAGCCUUCAAAAGGAGCAUGCCUGAAGUGUAAGACAUUGUAAAUAAUCAGUUUCUGAACUAAACAUAGUAUUUUCCUCACUUGUGCCAUUUCAACACUUUUAAAGUUAAGAUCAUGUUAGGGUUGUCAUUCCAACAUGUGACUGCAGCUCCACUCGAAGUGCACGCUGCAUAAACCUGUGAGAAACAUUGGUUAUGUUGAAGUGUUAGUGCCUAAAAUGUGGUAAUUGUAGCAGCUGUAUGUAAACAUACCUCCUCUCACUGAACUUGUUACACUGUACACCAUUGACAUUAAUCAGCAAAUCUGUGGAUCUCCUUAAGGGAUAAAUGGUUGACUUAUAGCAGGUAAUUGCAGUAUUAUAACUGUUAGUCAAGAGUGACUAAGUUAUCCCUUUGCCUCCAUGGUUUUUGUUUUUCCUCAGAGAUGCUUCAUUUGAAACAAGCAUAUAUAUGCCUUAAGUUCUGUUAAGCUCAAGAUGCUUAAGUAUUAAUACAAGCUAAACCAAGUUUUGCCCCUCCCCCCAAUCUCAAGUACUUGUGUAAUGUGCCCAUUGUUCUUUCACUGAUUUCUUUUCACACAUAAGACUUGCAGCAAAGUGGACAGAUGGCCUUUGUUCUCAUAACAAACUUAAAUUCUUUUUUUCAUGCCUUAUGCAUUGCAUUUCAUAUCUGAUUAUGUUUAAGACACUUCAAAAAUAAGAAAUACCUCGAACGUCCUGCCUACCCAACAACUGCUACUUAAUGCUUCAUGCAGAUUGACUGUGUAAUUCAUUGUAAUCACACAAAUUCACAAAGUGACAUACGUGUCAGGCACAUUCCAAGGAUGAAGCAUCAGUUUUAAAGUUUUCGUUUUAGGCUGGUAUCUCCAUGACAUGGUUCCUUACUAUAAUUUGCACAUGUAUGUAGCCUGAAGAGGAGGCCCAUAAUGAUUGUGUAUAUUGCUUGUUGAGUCAGCUGCUCAGUAAUUCACCUCAGCUGGCUUGAAGGUUGUAAUAUUUCAAGCAAUAUGGUCAAAGUGUCAUUUUCAGUGCAUGAAAUAAAGUUAUCCCAUGCAUUUUGACUAGUCAUUAUACUGAAUACAGUGGCGUCUGAUUUAGUAUACCCAUGCUAGCGUUGCUGUACCAUCUUGUUACAUUAUUUAAAAUCAUGUUUGUAUUAAUGAUCAUGAUAACAUCAUUAUAUCUUUUUCCUUUAUCACAGUAGCCUGAAGCAUACAUGCACAUUUGAGUUCAAAUUUUGAAUGAACUUAUUUUUGUAUGUUUUUGAUCCCAACUUUUGUGGCACUCAGUGUUGGCACUCUGUCAAUAACCGCCAUCAGCUUACAGCUUUGUGUGUUUAAUCUCAGAGUUCUGUAAAUGGUAAAUUAGGAUGAAAAUGUAGGUAUGACCUCUGUAUAUUGGCAGCAACAUUUUCCUCAAGGGGGAAAACAACUGCUGGCUUAGCUUUUGUGUAAUAAAUUAAGCAUUAACCACGGGUUUUCAUUGCAUUUUCAGUGCUCAACAAUACCUGCCUAGUAUUUAUUAUUUCAUAUUUCUGGAACUAUUUUGUCACUCCAAAGCUUAGAUUUCUACUUCUUUGUUGGAAUUUAGUUUAGAUUGUAAGAAAACUAUUUAAAAAAAAUAUAGUGUAAAUUGAUUAAAAGACUUGGAAAUAAACUGUCUUUGUUAUUUGUCCAUAAACAAACAUUCACUAAACAAAAUUGCACUUUCAGUUAUUUUGGGAU